AUGGUUAGGACAUUAGAUCCUGAGGAGGAGUUAAGGGGUAUUGAGGAUACAACUGCCAAACAUGCAUUAGAUAAAAUUGGAGAAAAAAUAUAUGAAAAAGCAAAAAAAAAUGCAGAACAAUAUAGAAGUCAAUUGCAUGGACGUUUGUCAGAUGCAAGAUUUGAGAAAGCUCCAAAGGAACAACAAACACCUUCUGGUCCAUGCGGCCUUAAUCAUGAAUAUCAUACUAAUGCUACUAACGGUAAAAGUUAUCCAUGUAGAACUGGAAAAGAAGAACGUUUUUCUCAAGUACAUGGCGGUGAAUGUGAUAAGAACAAAAUAAGUGGUAAUAAGGAUGAUGAAGGUGCAUGCGCUCCGUAUAGACGAUUAAAUUUAUGCGUUAGAAAUUUGGAAAAUAUCAGUAAUUAUGGUAAAAUUAAUAAUGACACAUUAUUAGCCGAUGUGUGUCUUGCAGCCUUACAUGAAGGGGCGGCAAUAUCAUCUGAUCAUGGAAAAUAUCAAGAAACUAAUAAUGAUGUCAAUGCCAAUAUAUGUACUAUGUUGGCACGAAGUUUUGCAGAUAUAGGAGAUAUUAUAAGAGGAAAAGAUUUGUAUCGUGGUGUUAAUGGAAAUGAUAAAUUAGAAAAGAAUUUAAAAAAAAUUUUCGGGAUAAUAUAUGAAGGAUUGACGAAGGCGAAUGGGAAGAAAGGGCAGAAGCCGGCAAAAGAUCACUACGGAGAUGAUGAAAAUUAUUAUAAAUUAAGAGAAGAUUGGUGGAAUAAUAAUAGAUUAAUGGUAUGGUACGCGAUAACAUGCGGUGCACCAAAAGAAGCUCAAUAUUUUCGAAAAACAUGUGGUUCAGGAGAAAGGACUAAAGACAAUUGCCGAUGUGCCAUUCAUGGUGUUCCUACAUAUUUCGAUUAUGUGCCGCAGUAUCUUCGCUGGUUCGAAGAAUGGGCAGAGGAGUUUUGUAGAUUAAGGAAACAUAAAUUACAAAAUGCUAUAAAAAAUUGUCGUGGAGAAAAUAAUGAAAAAUAUUGUGAUCUUAAUGGAUAUGAUUGCGAAAAAACUAUUAGAGGAAAAAAGAAACUUUUUGAAGGUGCAGAUUGUAAAAAAUGUACUGUUACCUGUGAUAAUUUUGUACCCUGGAUAAAAAACCAAAAACAAGAAUUUGAUAAACAAAAAAACAAAUAUGCUGAAGAAAUAAAAAAAGCAAAGGCAGAUGAAGAAACAUCAAGUAGGAAUAUUAAUAAUAUUUAUGAAAAAGAUUUUUAUGAACGACUGAAAACACAUUAUGGAAGCGUAAAUGAAUUUUUAAAAAAAUUAAAUGAAGAACGAAUAUGUAAAGAUGAACCUAAAGUAAAAGAGGAAAAAGCAGAUGCUGUUGAUUUCACUAAAGAUGAAACUAACGGAACAUUUUAUCGUACAACAUAUUGCGAAGCAUGUCCGUGGUGUGGAGCGGAAAAGGUGAAUGGUCAAAAUGGAAAAGGUGGAAAAUGGGAACCUAAAAAUGAAGCUUGUUCACAGGAAGAAGAAAGAAUAUUCGAUGAACAAAAUAUUACCGAAAUACCAGUACUUACCCCUGAAGAAGGACAGUCAGGUAUACUAAAAAAAUAUAGUAAGUUUUGUAAAAAUGGUGCAACUGGUGAAAAAAGUAAAAACGGUAAUCAAAUUGAAACAUGGAAAUGUUAUUAUGAUGAAAAUGAAAAUAAGAAGGAUGGCAAUGGAGCCAUUAAUUUUUGUGUACUACAAAAUGAUAAAAUAGGUAAAAAGGAAGAAAAAAGUAUGCACUAUCAUCCAUUUUUUUGGAAGUGGGUUACCGAAAUGUUAAUAGAUUCUAUGUAUUGGAGGAAAGAACUUAAGAGUUGUAUAAAUAAUAAAAGAGGAAAAUGUAAAAACAAAAAAUGUAAUAAUGAUUGUAAAUGUUAUGAAAGCUGGGUUCAACAAAAAGAAAAUGAAUGGAAACUAAUAUUACAGCAUUUUAAAAAACAAGGAGGUUUUAGCAUAUUUGGUAAUGAUUAUAAUUAUGCUCUUAAAGCUCUUUUGGACGUAAAAGAAAUUUUGACAAAUAUUAAAGAUACUUAUGGAAAUGUAAAGGAAUUAGAAGGAAUUAACAACAUGUUGGAAAAGGAAAAUGAAAAUAAUGAACAAGAAGCAUCUGGUGGCAAUAACAGUCAAAAGAAGAAUACAAUUGAUUUGAUGAUCGAUCACGAACAAAAAGAAGCCCAAAACUGCAAAGAAAAUAAUCCAGACAAAUGCGAAAAUACCCCUGGAGUCCGCUCCCAAACACCACCUGCCAACCAAGAUGACGUCCACGAUGACGUCCACGAUGACCUCCACGACAACGAAAUCACCCGUCGCGAUCUCAAUAUCAAAGUCGACCCGCAAGAAGUCCAUCACGAAGAGGAAGUCGUCGAGGAGGAGCCGGAGGCGACGAAGGCGGUGAAGGAAGACACGGACGGGGAGGGGGGGUCACCAAAAGAGGACGAGGAAGCGGCGAAGAGACCAUCACAAGAGGACCCCAAGGUUUGUGAAACAGUAGACAAAGCACUUACAGAAACAAACCUCAAAGAUGCCUGUCCAACCAAAUAUGGCAAAAACGCCCCAGUCAGCUGGAAGUGCAUACCAACUAGUGGUAGUGGUGUUACAGCCACAGGUGGUGGUAGUGGUGAACCCAAAGGUCGUCACAGACGUGAAGCCAAUCCCGCCAAAGCUAGUGAUAGUAACCAGGGUGCCAUUUGUGUGCCACCACGAAGACGACGAUUAUACAUACAAAAACUACACGAUUGGGCUACCGCGGUGUCACCACAGGCGAGUGGUGAUAAAGCCACGCAGGCGGCAGAACCACAGGCGAGUGAUAAGGCAGCACAAGUUACCGAAGCCUCGGCAUCAAGUAGUUCUAGUGAGAGUAAUAGUGUUCAAACCACUCCGGCGUCAACUUCGUCGCCGUCCAACUCACGCGACGUCGACUUGGUUAAAGCCUUCGUGGAGUCCGCUGCGGUGGAAACUUUUUUCUUAUGGGAUAGAUACAAAAAGGAAAACACGAAGAGACAAGGUGGUGGAGCGGGAGGACUUGGUGGAGUACCCGGUGUAGAACUACCAGAACUACCCGUUUCAAAUAGUGUUGAAAAAACCCCCCAAACACAAUUAGCCAGUGGUGACAUCCCCACACCCUUUUUGCGUCAAAUGUUCUAUACGUUAGGGGAUUAUAGAGAUAUUUUGGUACGAGGUGGUAACACAAGUGACAGUGGUAACACAAAUGGUAGUAACAACAACAAUAUUGUGCUUCUUGCAAGUGAAAACAAGCAGGAAAUGGAGAAUAUACAAGAACAGUUAAAGGUGUUUUUUUCAAAUAGUGGUAACCAAUCUUCUACUGUUGGUAGAAACCCCUCCCAAUCUCGUGUUACCCCCGCAUCCUUGUGGGGCGACUUCGCGCAGUAUAUUUGGAAUGGAAUGAUAUGUGCCUUAACCUAUGAAGAGAAGACAAGUGGUAGUGACGAUAAGGGUGUCAAAAUAGAACAGAAUGAGGGUUUGAAAGAGGCACUUUUAGAGGACAAAACGAACGAGCCAAAAAAACCCCAAUACCAAUACAAAACUGUGGAACUUAAAGAAGAAAAUAGUGAUACCCAACCCAUCACCCCCGGCUCCUCUUCCCCUAGUGGUGGUGACCCCAUCAACAACCCGAAACUCACCCAAUUUGUGGAAAGACCCCCCUAUUUCCGUUACCUGCACGAAUGGGGUCAAAAUUUUUGUAAGAAAAGGAAAGGUAUGUUGGAAAAUAUUAAAAAAGAAUGUAUGAAAGAUAGUAAUAGUGGUAGUACAGGUAAGAAAGUCCAAAAAUGUAGUUGUUAUGGUGAACAUUGUGACGAUCAGCUUAAAGACGAUCCUAGUAUUUUUCCUUCUUUAAAUUGUCCCAGUUGUGGCAGACAUUGUAGUUUUUAUAAAAAGUGGAUAAAAAAAAAAAGAACAGAAUUUGAGAAACAAUCAAAUGCAUAUGAACAACAAAAAACAAAAUACCAAAGGGAAACUAAAGGUGCUGAAAAUACUGAUCAUGAUAAUGGAUUUUAUACAAGAUUACAAAAUCUCCCUGACGCUGCAGCAUUUUUACAAAAGUUAGGAUCAUGUUCUAAAAAGGUUAGUGAAAAGGAUAAUGAAAAAAUAUUUGAGGAUACAGAGCAAACAUUUAAAGAUGCAGAUAAUUGUAAACCAUGUUCUCAAUUUAAAAUAAAUUGUAAAAGUGGUGAUGGCCAUUGCGAUAAUAAUAAAGGGAACCAUUGCCAAAGUAAAAGUAGUAUUGAAGCAAAACAUAUUAAAAAAGAAGGGGGUCUUGCUGAAGAUAUAGAUAUGCUUGUCAGUGAUAAUGGUACAACGGGAUUUUAUGAUUUAAGCAUUUGUAUAUCUUCAGGUAUAUUUAAAGGUAUUAGAAAAGAUAUAUGGGAAUGCGGUAAUGUAUGUGGUUAUAAUGUUUGUAAACCGAAAAACGUUAAUGGGGAAACAUUCGAGGGGCAAGCAAAUGGUAAAAACCAAAUUAUAUUUAUUAGAGCAUUAUUUAAAAUAUGGUUAGAAUAUUUUUUAAAAGAUUAUAAUAAAAUUAAUGCCAAAAUUUCAUAUUGUAAGGAAAAUGGUGGAACAAACAUUUGUAUAAAAAAUUGUGCAGAUAAAUGGAUAAAGUUGAAAAAGGAAGAAUGGGGAAAAAUAAAAGAACAUUACCUAGAAAAAAAACAUGAAGAUGGUGACAAUGACAUGACAUCUUUGGUUACAAAUUUUUUGCGUGACGUGCAACCCCAAACUGAUGUUAACAAAGCUAUAGAACCUUGUAAAGGUUUAGAGAAUUUCGAGAAGUCGUGUGGUCUUCAUGGCGAUGCGAACGAACAAAACAAAAAUGGUUAUCAGGAUGCUAUAGAUUGUUUGCUUGAUAAGCUUCGCAAAGAAGCAACAUCUUGUCCAGGAAAAACUAGUGACAAAACCCAAGCAAAGUGUCAAGAAUCCACCCCCCCUGAUGAUGACGAAUCCCUUGAAGAAGAAGAAAAUACAGUUGGAAAACAACAACCAUCAUUUUGUCCAAAACCACCAGAACCAAAACCAGAGGAUGAAGGCGGUUGUGAAACAGCACAAACAACACCAAAAGAACCAACAGCAGAUGGUGGUGAAGGCACAGAGAACCAACCCCCUGUGAUCAAACCCGAAAAGGAAGACACCAAAUCCAAAGACAUCCAACCCCAACCGCCAACAGCACCCCCAGAGGAAAAAAACAACCUCCCACAACCUUCACAUCCACUCCCAAGUGAUAAUACCAGCGAUAUAUUAAAAACUACUAUCCCGUUUGGUAUUGCAUUGGCCUUGACUUCUAUUGUUUUUCUUUAUUUGAAGAAAAAAACCAAAUCUACUAUUGAUCUUUUGCGUGUCAUUAAUAUCCCCAAAAGUGAUUAUGAUAUACCGACAAAACGUUCACCCAAUAGAUAUAUACCUUAUACUAGUGGUAAAUACAGAGGCAAACGGUACAUUUACCUUGAAGGAGAUAGUGGAACAGAUAGUGGUUACACCGAUCAUUAUAGUGAUAUUACUUCAUCUUCCGAAAGUGAGUAUGAAGAACUGGAUAUUAAUGAUAUAUAUGUUCCUGGUAGUCCUAAAUAUAAAACAUUAAUUGAAGUCGUACUUGAACCUAGUGGUAACAACACAACAGCUAGUGACACACCUAGUGAUACACAAAAUGAUAUACAAAAUGAUGGUAUACCUAGUAGUAAAAUUACAGAUAAUGAGUGGAAUACAUUGAAAGAUGAAUUUAUAUCACAAUAUCUACAAAGUGAACAACCAAAGGAUGUACCAAAUGAUUAUAGUAGUGGUGAUAUUCCAUUCAAUACACAACCAAACACUUUAUAUUUUGAUAAACCUGACGAAAAACCUUUUAUUACAUCUAUUCAUGAUAGAAAUUUAUAUAGUGGAGAAGAAUAUAGUUAUAAUGUUCAUAUGGUUAAUACUAUGGAUGAUAUUCCAAAAUAUGUAUCAAAUAAUGUAUAUUCUGGUAUAGAUUUAAUUAAUGACACAUUAAGUGGUAACAAAAAUAUUGAUAUAUAUGAUGAAGUGCUAAAAAGAAAAGAAAACGAAUUAUUUGGUACAAAUCAUGUGAAACAAACAAGUAUACAUAGUGUUGCCAAACUAACAAAUAGUGACCCCAUCCACAACCAACUGGAACUAUUCCAUAAAUGGUUAGAUAGACAUAGAGAUAUGUGCGAAAAGUGGGAAAAUCAUCACGAACGAUUAGCCAAAUUAAAAGAAGAGUGGGAAAAUGAGACACAUAGUGGUAACAUUCACCCUAGUGAUAGUAACAAAACGUUGAAUACUGAUGUUUCUAUACAAAUACAUAUGGAUAAUCCUAAACCUAUAAAUCAAUUUACUAAUAUGGAUACUAUCUUGGAAGAUCUGGAUAAAUAUAAUGAACCUUAUUAUGAUGUGCAAGAUGAUAUUUAUUAUGAUGUAAAUGAUCAUGAUGCAUCAACUGUGGAUAGUAAUACUAUGGAUAUACCUAGCAAAGUACAAAUUGAAAUGGAUGUAAAUACUAAAUUGGUGAAAGAGAAAUAUCCUAUAGCAGAUGUAUGGGAUAUAUAA